GUCACGUUUUUUUCACUUUGAGUUUGAGCACUAUAUGUUUUUGUAGAGAUAUAUGAUGCAAACAUAGUAUACUAGUGUGUUGUAAACCUGUCUUCACUGAGUCCAAACAGAACUGAGUAGGAUGUUUACAAGUCAUCGGUACACAAGAUGACCAACAGAAAGUAAGAGUUCAGAGUCAAUCAUCGAUCAGUGAGUCAAUCAUUCAUCCGUUUGUCUGAUUGAUGACCAGAAAUAGAUAUGUUCACAGGUGGAUUUUAUUAAACGGGGCAAACCACUCCAAAAGACAGGAAUAUGAUGAUCCUGUCCGGUGUCUGCGGGCCCCGGGGGGGUCGAUGGAGAGGGGGCCUCUGUCUGGAGGGCCUUGUGUGGGAGUCAGAUGUUAUCAUCCAGCACCGGGCCGCCGUCUGAGCCGAGGUUGGAGUGAAGGAGAGAGGAAUGGCAGCCCUUUGCGUCUCAUUAAUGUUCUCCUGAAGGCGGCCAGACCACCGGGGCCGGACGGACGUUACACGUCACAUGCACCCAGGGCGGCCGAUUGGAACCGGGUUACCGCGGUAACCAGGUGAGGUAACCCGUUUCCACCGGAAGGAAAACCCUGUGAGGAGACCUAAGGUAAUCGGAACUGGGUUCGAGUCCCGGCGGCCAAAGGGUCGUGGGUUCCAUCCCUCCUCUACUGAAUGAUUAGACCCUCACCAGGGCAUACUCAUCACAGACACACGCCAACCCCGGUGGUUAACGUGGCGGUGAGGGAUUCCACCGGCGCCUUUAGCCAAAGCCACCUCGGAGGGAGGCUGAGAACAAUCAGGCAGAGGAGAUUGUACUUGUGGUUGAAGAAAGGAAGUGUGCUGCAUGAGGUUCGUAUUGAACGUCGUGACACCUGCAGCGCUGAGAGAGGCCGCGGGAUCGGGAACAGAAGGGGAGAGGGAAGAAAUGGGAAUGUUUGAUCUGGGAUUAUUGUUUCUUUUUUUGAGAUGAAAAGAAACGGGAAUACUUUGGACUCGGCCAACCCAGCCCCGCUGCCCCGGGGCCCAUGAGCAAUCGCUGUGAGACGGGGAGACGGCAUGAGGAGUCGCUGUGUCACAGCCACCAGCAUCUGAGGCGGGUCCUGUCAUCUGAGGGUCCAGUGACGGCCGAGCCUUCCGGUGGACAUUGAUUUCCUGUUGUCUCUGAUUCAUCACUUCCUUUACACACAAGAUGUCCCAGCCUGCUCGGCUGUCCCUGGUCUAAACGCAUGGCAUCACACCAGAGAGCAGCUGAAGUCGAUAUCCACCGCUAUGGAAGGGCCUCGUUUGGUUACGUUGUGGCAGAUGGAGCGUCUCGGGGUCAGAUGUCGGAGCAGAGGAUUAGCGGAUUACCUCCCGUACCCUCGUCCCCCUGACCUUCACACAGUUUGAGGGGUACCUCAUCGCCUCCAUGAGGAGUGAGGCUGAUGGGGCUGUGUGUGCUGUGUGUUGGGGUGUACGCGGAGGUGGAGCGCCAGAAGAACCGCACCCUGGAGGGGGUGUUCCUGGCCCCGGCCGUGGUGCUCAUCCUGCUGGGGCUGGUGAUGUUCACCGUGUCGCUGGUGGGCAUGGUGGGCUCGCUGAGGGACAACAAGACCCUGCUGCACAUGUUCCUGUGUGUUCUGUGUGUGCUGCUGCUCCUUCAGGCCGUGGCUCUCAUCACCGCGCUCAUCUUCGAGAAGAAGACCUCGGCUCUGUUCCAGAAGAGCAUCCGAGAGGGGAUCAAGCACUACUACGACGACCUGGACUUCAAGAACAUCCUGGACUUCGUGCAGCAGAAGUUCUCGUGCUGCGGCGGGGACGAGUAUAAGGACUGGAGCGUGAACCAGUACCACUUCUGCAACGGCACCGGUCCGCUGGCCUGUGGCGUGCCGUACACGUGCUGCCUGCAGCACGAGGUUGGAGAAGUGGUCAACACAUUCUGUGGCUACAAGACCCUUACUCAACAGCGCGAGGCGUUGCACGAGCUGAUACACGUGCGCGGCUGUAUCCACGCCGUCAACCUCUGGAUGAGCGACAACAUCGGGAUGACGGUGGCCCUGUGCUGCGCCAUCGGCCUGCCCCAGCUGCUGGGCAUCAUGCUGAGCUGUGCCUUCUGGAACCUUCUGGUGGACAUGAGCGAGUCCACCGACAUGGUGGACUUCCGGCUGCUGAAGAAGUCGUUCCAGUACAGCGAGCUGGACCUGGCGGGCGCCGGCUGGUGCAUGUGUCUUCCCCGGGACGGGGGCUACCUGCCGGUCCCGGCCAGCGAGCCCGAGCUGGACCCCAUCGACCUCCACCUGCAGAAGCUGAAGAAGCAGCCCCCCCGCACCCACUCGCAGCUCCGCGAGCUGCAGGAGUCGCUGUCGGCCACGGGUCUGGACGAGGUGGACGCCGGGCGCAAGAUCAAGAGGGAACACUGAGACGCAGGGGGGGGUCCUUCGGGCGUCGCCGCGUCUCCACGUCUCCGCUGUUCCUCGUAGCGCUUCGGGUUUUGUUUUCGAGGUUUGGUUUUGGUUCGGUUCUUCCGUUGGAUUGGUUUGUUGAUUUUUGGUUUGGUUGUUGUACAGUUGUUGGUUUGUCUUGUCGGAAGUCUUGUUGCACUACUUAAAAAGAUGAAGCUAUCUAUCGAAGAAUCGGGGGGGGUUUCGGUUGUUCGGAAGGAAUUUGACGCGACUUAGCACUUUUUUCGGUUAAUUCAGUUGCUUUAUGGCAAAAUGUGAAAAUCAAACGCAGCUGUUAGGUUUUUGAAACCCAAAUAGUUUAAGUUUAUCGACGGUUAGAAAUUAAAAGUAUAUUCUGCGAUAUCGGUUGUAUCAGUACGGUUUGUCUCCGUACCGCCAACUAGUGGCAGACCAGGGGAUACCGGACAGGCAUGGUGCACUACUGUAACCAGGGCUUUAAAUUUACAUUUAAAUGUUUGCUUCUGGAAUGUUCCACUCCAGAGAACCGUUUAAAAGCAGUUCAGUUACUGCGAGGACGUAAGCUCUUAUCCUACGUAUUAUCACUGGAGCUUUGUUUUUAUUUGAAACCAACUCUAGCUGUGCGAUUUAGCAACUCAAGUACUUUAAAGUAAAAUUUAUAUCCAAGUCCUUCAGAAAAAGAUGAUUGGGUGUUUUUCCAUCUCAGAGUGAACUGCCUCGGAGCUCACCGGAACCAUCAAUACUAAUCUGCCGUGGUGCUGAGCUCGCUGUAUUUAACUUUAUUUAAACAUCGGGUUUCUCUUCUGGCGAUCGGAAAAAGAACCAUGUAUACAUUGAGACAUUUCUGUUCAUGUUGAGUUAUUCUAUACAUAUUUCAGGUAUCAACCGUUUGUUUUUUACAUAAAUGUUUUGUGCAUUUUUUACUUGUAUAAUGAAGUUAAUUCACCAUUUCACCUUUUUGAUCAGCUCUUUUUUUUUUUAUGUAAUAUUUUACUAGUGUUACCAGUUUCUGGUGAAACGAUGUCAUUUCGUACUUUGAAGAACAGAAACAGAUUAAACCUUUUAGACGCUUUUCUCUCUUGAUUUCCGUGUUCUAGGUGGUGUUUAAUCCAAGCCGAGCGCUCAGAGUGCUGCUGCUUACCUCAGGCCGUUUCCCACGGCCCCGCGUCCCCCAACACUAUUCAAACAAACAAGCUUCUGAUAAGGGUCCCAAUGUCGGACCAGUAUGAAGGGGCCACACAUCUUGCGUGCUGCAUCUGUGACUGAUUUAGUAUGUACGUUUUUUUAUGAUUUUUUUAUUUGUGCAAUGGGUUAAUAUUGUAAGAUUGACAGCUGUGGAGUAAAGACAGGAAUGCAUGUUUUGUAACGUAUGACGACUUAUUAACAAACCGCUGUACAGUUGUGAUGGGUUAUUUUUAAGGGGUUCUCAGUCCAUUGUAUAUUUUUAAUGACUCUUUUCGUUGGUCCGCGUGUCUAAAGUCCAGCUGAAGUAAGGUUCAGGCGUUCUUUAUCGGGUGGGUCUCAUGUGCUGAGCGGCCCUCAUGCCUUGUGUCUACACUGCUGGUCUUGUCAAUAAAACAGAAUUUGUCUACUGAAACUGAAGCUCGCGUGUUGCUUUUUUCUGUAGAGUGGUGCCGAUCCGAUACCAUCACGUGACUAGCUCAUUUACUACUCAGGAACAGAACAUCACAAACAAGUGCAGUGUUAUUCUGCGUUCGUUAAGGGUGGAAGAGGUGGAAAGUCUGAAUUGGUAUCGCGUCAUCUCCGACCUACGUGUGCUCGAGCUAAUACGUCGGAAAAACGUGGAUGUUUGUUGCUGCCGCUGGGAUAGUGCUGCGUUUUAUAUCCAUCCGUCUCGGAGGUCCGAGGACGUUGCCUAGC